UGACGUGUGUCAAGGCAGAAUUGUAGCUGUAAGGAUUCCCAACUAUUUCUCGCCAUCUGUCCAAGUUGCGUAGUGCUAAGUGUACAAAUUCUCACUUGAAACCUUUUGUGAAGCCAGAUUCAAAUGAAUCGUCAGUGUCCAGGCAUAAUUUUGUUUUUGGCGAAAACAAUUCAUAAUUACAUAGAAAGGAAAGUUCAGUUCCCACGCAGUUCACUUGGAAAGACAAAAUUCAUAAUUUCAUGGUAGGGAAAGUUCGGUUUCGACGCCGUUCAGUUGAAAAGAUUAGCGUUCAAGAGAAGGAACGAUUGUACGGACAAAGUUCUUGAAGCAGAGCCAAUUCCUGAAAUUCCACGAAUACAAGGGACAACCUGAAACAAGUCAUGAUAUUACAGAGGCUUGUUGACAAGCCUAUUCGUGACGCACAUUAUAUAUAGUGUAGGUUGUCAAGUUUUGAGAUUAUCUCCCACGAUUCGUAUUCCGUGAGCAUAGCAGUGAAGUGGACCUACUGCGCAGAGUUUGAAAAUAAGUGGUCUCCUGAAUAAUUUCGCUCAUUUCAAGAAUUUCGAACAUGUUGUUCACAAUCGUUUUGGCAAUAGUAACUUUUGUUUCAAUUUACCUUAUUCUUCCCAUUUUUUCGAGAAAGCGGAACACGAACACCUUAAAUAUAAAAGACAAACAUGUUCUGAUAACUGGCUGUGAUUCUGGGUUCGGUCGAGAAAUAGCUCUGAAACUGGACAAGAUGGGAGCUUGUGUGUUGGCGACUUGUUUGACGAAAGAAGGAGCGCAGAAUUUGAGAUCUGUGGCGAGUGAAAAACUGAAAACUUUUCAGAUGGAUGUUACCGACCCUCAGCAAAUUAAGCAAGUGUUUUGUAAAGUGAACCAACUCCUGGAAGACAGUUCAGGUCUGUGGGGACUGGUAAACAAUGCUGGAAUCCUAACUGUUGGACCUGUCGAGUGGAUACCGCUUGACGCCUACAAGAAAGUUGCGGAUGUCAAUUUAUGGGGCCUGAUCGAUGUGACUAAAACAUUCUUACCAUUGGUAAAAAAAGCGAAGGGACGGAUCGUCAUCGUUAGCAGCAUAGCAGGUGUUGUUUCACCUCAAGCAUUCUCACCGUACUGCAUAUCCAAAUAUGGCGUGGAGGCGUUUGCAGAUGCAUUGAGACGCGAGAUGCGCCCUUUUGAUGUCCAGGUCAGCGUAAUAGAGCCGGGUGCCACACGCACUCCGAUUGUAAACGAUGAGUUGUUGAGUGCUCGCCUAAAACAAUUUUGGGACAAUCUAACGGAGGAGAAACAAAGGGAAUACGGAAAACAAUAUCUUGAGAACGUGACGAAUGGUUUUCGUGAUUGGUGCAAAUCCGCAUCUGAGCAAGUGAGUCACGUCAUCGACGGCAUUGUGUCUCCUCUGACGUCACAGAGUCCGAAGAAGCGUUACGUUAUUGGCCAGGAUGCAUGGAAGCUGAAAUUUCUUUCCUACUUGCCUGAGUCACUUCAAGAUUUUGUCCUGAGAGAAUUUCCGUUCAAGGCGGUGGUUCCAUCUGACCGAGACAUGUUUGAAAACUCUUAUAUGAAUGGUUCAGCCCAUUGAAGAAUUCCAUUGAAGAAAUAAUUUAUUCCACGGCCCUAGAGACCAUUCAAUAUCUAUCACCCUAGGGAUGGUCGGAGGAUUCUUUUUGCGGGGAGGAUAGCAUGGUUUUGAGGAGGGACAGAGGGGGGAUAAGUCGUCGCCAACAGAGUAUUGUAACAAGGGGACUAUAGAAAAUUGACUGCUAAUGAGGAGGGGGGGGGGGGUGUCAUGCGAAUAUUACAGAGCCUUCUGGGAGAUCAGGUAGAUAUCAUCGUGACACAACCAAAAUCCACCGACCACCCCUCUCCCCCCUC